AUGACCCCACAACGCCUUUUGAAGCUGACGCUCGCCCAUCAUCGGAACUCGGAUGCCUCCGAGGAAGGAUGCCAUCGCUUCAUCACGGAGGAGUAUAUCCCUAAAGCAUCAAUCUUGACAUGGAAAAAGUACUUCACCCCAACGCCAGUGCGAAAUGUAUUGAGCACCACGUGCGAGCGUCUGCAAAACCAUUGGACAGUCGACACCCACGACGCGACCGUGGAGUUUUACUUCCGAGACAUCGCGGACUUGGUGAAUGUGUCUACCGACCCAGAUUUCAUCGUUCUGCAGGCAAUCGAAGCGCCUUAUAUCAGCAAGGAGGGUGUCGUCGCCCAGCUUGGAUGGGUGGAAACCUACACCGCGGGUCAGCAGGUGGUGAACUUGGUCGAUGGAAAGUCGCAGUAUCAGAGCUAUGAAGAAGCGUCUUCUAUUGAGCAUACGCUGUGA